AACAUGCAUCCAGACUCCAGCACUGAGUUCGACUCAUCGUCCAGCUGUAGCACAGCAUCGCCUGGUGGGGACACCCCUGGGUGCAGCCAGCAUCCUCCUGACUCGCUUUCAUCAUCAGUGGACAGCGCCAAGGAUGGUGAGACCAGUGCAGCAGAAUCCUUUGUUCCGACCGUGACUGCAAUCUCAACCUCGCCGGAUCUAAGGUGGAUGGUGCAGCCGACAGUCAUCACAUCUGUCUCUCCGUCCUCCGGCCGUGCGAAGACCAAAACUCACGGCGCGACCCAGCCGUCUUGCCCGGCAGGUGCAAACAAGGCGAAGCCCUCCAGCAGGAAAGGGCAGAGAGAGCAGCCUUCAAAAGAGGAGGAGGAAAGGAGGAGGAUCAGAAGGGAGAGGAACAAAAUUGCUGCAGCAAAGUGUCGUAACAGACGGAGGGAGCUGAUAGACACUCUACAAGCUGAAACCGACAAGCUCGAGGAAGAGAAGUCUGCCCUCCAGACGGAGAUAGCAGACCUGCUGAAGGAGAAGGAGAGACUGGAGCAGGUCUUAACCUCCCACAAACCAUCCUGCAAACUCCCUGCACAUGAUGAGGAGGAGGACGAUAAUGAAGAUGACGUUAACACAAUGCUGCAGGAUCCCCCAGCCUCCCCACAGCUACUGUCCAUUUUAGAGAAUGGAAAAACACCAGAGAGCAACACGACAAUUGGAGAAGCCCCUGUUGGUCAAGACAUGGAUGAUGUCUCUUGCAUUCCUGCAGCAGCCAUUUUGGGGAACUCCAACAUCCUCCUGUGUUCAAGUGCAGAAGAGGGGGCUCUGGAGGACUUAAAAGGAGAUGACCUGGAUGACUUGGUGCCCAGCCUGGAGAUGGCAGUGACUUCUGAAACGGCUGCGUCUGUCCCUGACAUAGAUCUGAGCGGCCCCUUCUGCCUCUCAGACUGGGAAACCCUGUACAAGUCCGUGGCGAAUGACCUUGAAUCUUUGAGCACGCCAGUCAUGUCUUCCAGUCCUACUUGUAGCAAUUACCGCACAGUGUUUUCCUUUAAUUACUCUGAGAUUGAUUCCUUUGCUGAGGGCUGUGAGAGCCUCAAAGGCAGCCUCGGCGCGUCUGAGUUAAUGAAAGAUAGUCUUAACUCUCCAACACUUCUGGCCUUGUGAAUGCAAACAAGUUAUGCAACAAUACUGUAAUUGUAUUCUAACCAGUCAGCAAGCU